UUGUUUUCAUCUAUAGUUUGGAAACUAAGUCAAUAACAAAAUGAAGCCAGCAAAGCAUCUGUUGACCACUAGUAAGAAGUUGCCAAGUAUUCCAGAAUUAACUAAUAAAAAAGGACCACUUAAUUUACCAUUGACACCUAAACCAAAGGAAAAACAUAGUGCAAAAUUAAUACGUGAUAGAAAGGAAACAAUGGUUCUAAGAUCUCCACCAACAGGAGAAUCCAUAGUACGGUAUGCUUUGCCCAUCCCUUCAAGUAAGACAAAAGAGUUAAUGGCAGAAGAUGAAAUGAUCAGAAAAAUUACCAAACAUUUGAAGAUGGUUGUUUCAACUUUGGAACAAACAUAUGGAUUUACCGUUCAAGAUGGAGAAAAACUUUUUGUGAAGCCUGAAAAUGAAGAAUUAUCUUUAUCUGUUGGAGAUGAUAUGAAUUCAUUCUUGUUAGGCUGUUCACAGUUUGCAUCUCAGCUAGAAGAAGCAGAUAAGGAAGAACAUAAUAUUUUGGAAUCUCUUUUUAAGUGGUUUCAGCAGCAGGUUAAUCAGUUGGAGGAGAUAAGUAAAGAUCAAACUGUUUUAGAAGAAGAGCUUCCAGAACCUGAGAAAACAGUCACUUUAAGUAUUGCACAAGUAGUAAAACUUGUGCACAAACUUGAAGAACUGAGAAAUCGCCUUAAACAGGAGUCUCGCUGCUCCUUUAAAGCCUUGUCUAAACCCAUGGAUAAAGAACAGCCACCAAAAAGAGUGAAAAGUUUUGAAAUUGUAGAGCAGAAAAUUGAAGAAUUCAUAAAAACCCAUUUAACCGAUGGAUUUAUGGAUGUUUCUGUAACAGGACCACAAACUCCUUCUUCAAUGAUUAAUCGAGUGAAUGCCAUGUUGAAAAUAUUUGAAAACCAGGCAAAUAAGUUGGAAAGAGCUAAACAUGAUCAAGAUUUGUUAGAGGCAAAAUAUAAACAGAUGCAAAGUGAUUUUGAAUUGUUAUCAGAAGAGAAAUUUGUGCUGGAAAAUGAACUACAAAAGUUGAAGGAUGCAGAGAAAAUAAAGCUUGCAUAUGAUCGAACAAAGAGAAGUAUAAAAAUGGAGAAGAAAAGAGACAAAAAAAGCCCUGAGGAUUCAGAAGAGGCGAUAUUUCUAGCAAAGCCGCUUAAAAUAAAAGAACAGUUGCUUCAAGUCCAGAAAGUAGCAUGUGCUCUGGAAAUUGAGAACAAAGUCCUUCAGGAAAAACUGAAACAGGCUUUGCAGGAAGCUGAAAGAGCUAAGUAUCAACUUGACUAUUUGCAAAAUCAUAGGAAGGAGUCACUUAAAAGUGAGGGGAAGACCCAAACAACAAUGGAAAUGAGUACUGGUAAAAUAAAAGUUAAACAUGAAGAUUCAAAAAAUAUACCAUUGGAGAAACAAACAAGAAAAUUGCUAGUUUCAGAUUCAGGUGGACAAAAUACAAAUGAUAAAAUUCAAGAACAUCCACAGCUCAGAGAAGAAAAGAUCUAGCCCUGCUAUUUCAGAUCUUUCACAGCUCCUUAAGUCUCAAGAUGAACCAGCUGUUUUAGAGAGUUCGAAUGAAGUUUCAGUUGGUGAAGACCUAACCCAUAAAUCUUCAUCAGCGACCCAUAAUAAAUUAUUUACAACAGUAUCAUCCACUAAAGAAAUUCAAGAUUCGCUAUCUGUAGGAACAUUGCCUCAAGGGAACAAAACAGUGAUAUCAUCAUUCAUUUCACUUCCUGUUAUUACUGAAAAAAAAAAGACUGAUGCUUCAGAAGAAAAAUUACAAAAGAAGACUGAAGAACAAACUUACCAAGCAGAAAGAGAAUUUCAAG